AUGCCGCCGUUUGCGCCACCGCGCGUCGCGGUGCCGCCGCCGGCGCCGCAGCCGCCGCCGGGCGCAAUCCCGGGCAGCCCCGCGCCUGCGCUGGUCAACCCCUGCAGCAGCCGCGGCCCCAAGGGGCCGCCGCCGGAGGUGUCGGUGUGGCACAGCCGAGAGCGGGGGUACUGGAUGGUCGAGGUGCGGUGCAAGGACCGCAACAAGCUGUGCUUCGACACUGUGUGCACCUUGGCAGACCUGAGGCUGGACGUGUACCACGCCACAAUGGACAGCGAGAACGGCGUCGGCAGCCAGCUCUUCUACUGCAGGCCCCGCUUCGGCCCGCCUGACGCCUGGGACCAUGAUAGGGCAGAGUCCCUGCGCGCGCUGCUGUCGUCCGCGGUGCAGCGCUGCUUCCCCCUGGGCCUGAAGCUGCUGGUUUACGACGGCCCCGAGCCGCCCGCGCCGCGGCCCGGCGGGCAGCUCGCUGACCUGGCGGCGGCGCUGAGGGACUGGGGGCUCUCGAUAACGAGGUGCAAGGUCCGCGAGAGCUCCUCCGCCGGCGGCGCCCCGGGCGAGGGCCCCUCGACGCACACCUUUUACCUGCUGGCAGGCGACGGCCAGCUGCCCUCCAGGGACGUGGUGCGGCGCGCCUGCGAGGCGGCGGGCGGGGAGUUGCUUGAGGAGCACUUUGCCCUCUCCUCCCUCGCGGCGGCGGCCGCGGCCGCGGCCGCGGGGGCGGGGCCGGGGGCCGCGCAGCAGGCGGCGGACGGCGGCGGCGCGGACGAGAUAGGGAUCGGGCGGCGGCUGAGGCGCGGGAAGUUUGGGUUUGCGUUCGAGCCGGUCGGGGGCGGCGGCGGGGGUGGGGCCGCGCCGGGGACGCCGGGAGGGCGGCGAGGCGCGGGCCCGAGGGCGGCGCCGGGGCCGGGGGGCGCCUGGGCGCCUGAGGGGGCAGGGUUUGAGGCGGGGGUGUCUUUUUGA